CCUCCCUAGAAGAUACUCCUACUGAGUGCUGCUGUUCAGGACUGAAGCGCAGACGGGGACAGUCCGACGGGAGCAGAAACAAGAAGAAAGAAUGUAAAAUUUCCCACCAGAAAUAAAACUUGAAGAAUAUCAUCACAGUGAUGGAUGGCAGAGAUGUUGUGGCGAUGUGGGAAGGGUUGGCGAGUCGUGAUGCUGCCUCCAGAGACGCAGCCAUGGAGAGUCUUCAGCAGGAGAUGAUGAGGAGAGUGGAGAGUAUAGGACCCCUCCCGGAGACCCCCUGCUCUUCUUCAGCCAGUCACCUCAAUCGUGUACUGGCUCGCAUCCUCAUGCUGUCCAAGAGAUGUCCAUAUGGUGACGUGAGGGAGAAAUGCAUCUGGCUGCUGAGGAGCAUCCAGGACAUUGGAGUGCGAAUCCCCAGACCACUGGGAAACGGACCAAGUAGAUUCAUCCCAGAGAAAGAGAUCCUUCAAGUGAGCAAAGUGGAUGCCAGAACGCAAUCCAUAUUUGAGGAGGCCUUUUCCCUUGGUCACCUUGAUAACAUCUCCCUGGUAAUGGGCUUCCACCCUCAGUAUCUGGAGAGUUUCCUGAGGACACAGCAUUACCUGCUUCAGAUGGAUGGGCCCUUAUCCCUGCACUACAGGCAUUACAUUGGCAUAAUGGCUGCUGCCAGGCACCAGUGUUCAUAUUUGGUCAACCUGCACGUGAAUGAUUUUCUGCAAGUUGGGGGAGACCCCAAGUGGCUGAACGGUCUUGAAGGAGCCCCACAGAAGCUGCAGGCACUUGGAGAGCUUAACAAGAUUUUGGCACACCGGCCGUGGUUGCUCACCAAAACACACAUUGAGAGUCUACUGAAGGCUGAGGAGAAUAGCUGGUCUUUGGCGGAGCUGAUCCAUGCUGUAGUGCUGCUUACACACUACCACUCGCUGGCCUCAUUUACCUUCGGCUGUGGGAUCACCCCAGACAUCCACACCGACGGAGGACACACUUUCAGACCCCCUUCCCUCAGCGGUUACUGUGUGUGUGAUAUCGCCAACGGCAAUGGGGCUCUAGAGGAGAUGCUGGGAAACCAACAGGUUGCAGAAGUGUCAGGGGAGGUUGAAGUGCUGAUGGAGAGGAUGAAGCAGCUCCAGGAGUGUCGUGAUGAAGAGGAGGCCAGUCAAGAGGAAAUGACCACACGUUUUGAGCGGGAAAAGACUGAGAGCAUGCUAGUGGCCACAGCUGAGGACGAGGAGUGCGUGCCAUCCAGAGAUGUGUCGCGGCACUUCGAGGACCCCAGCUAUGGCUACCAAGACUUCUCUAGAAGAGGAGAGCAUGUGCCUACCUUCAGAGUCCAGGACUACAGUUGGGAAGACCAUGGCUUCUCCUUGGUGAACCGGCUGUAUCCGGACGUUGGCCAGCUGCUCGACGAGAAGUUCCAGAUUGCAUAUAAUCUGACCUACAACACCAUGGCCACACACCAGGGUGUGGACACUUCCAUGCUCCGCCGAGCCAUCUGGAACUACAUUCAUUGCAUGUUUGGUAUCAGAUAUGAUGAUUAUGAUUAUGGGGAGAUCAAUGAGCUGUUGGACCGCAGCUUUAAAGUCUACAUUAAGACUAUGGUGUGUAGCCCCGAGAAGACCACCAAGAGGAUGUACGAGAGUUUCUGGAGGCAGUUCCAGCACUCUGAGAAGGUUCAUGUUAAUUUGCUUCUUAUGGAAGCGCGCAUGCAGGCAGAACUGCUCUAUGCUCUAAGAGCUAUCACUCGCUACAUGACAUGAAGUGCUAUUAUAGUUUGUUCUUGUAUUUUUACUGUUGUUGUUGUUGCUUUCGUGGGACAAUUCAAUAAAAGUAAAAACAACAAAAAAAAGGAAAAACAAAAACAAAAGGAAUGGUGAAGAGGCCAAACGUGGAGGAUGAGGAGGAUCAUCAUCUUCGUGGUGGAUGUCAUAAGAAGGAAAAAAAAACACAAGAGAAGAAAUCUGAGCGCACUUGCUGACUGAAAUGUGUGGUUGCUCGGCCUGCAGUGCCAAAGCCCGCCAUGGGGGGGUGUGUUGGCUUACCCUCCGCAUUGGGACAGCCUGAGACUGCAAGCCAAUGGAGGCCAGCCCUCCUCCUAGUGUUUCAUAUGCAUCUGCAAUAAGAUGCUACUCAAUCAUAUCUUCUUUUUUUGUGAAAGGAAAAAUAUAUCACAACUCCAGUAUCAGUGCAGACAGACUGCACUAACAUGCCUAUUAUCGUUUUUGUUUUCAUAUCAUUUUUGUAGUGCAGGUGACUGGAGAGAAGAGCAUUAUUGAAGCUGCAUAAAUGUGUGCCUAGUUAUGAACAGCACUGGAGAUGAACACAGAGGUGCUGUCUGUUAAUGCUGCUUUUCUCAACUGAGAGGCACAGGCCUCCAAACACCCAAACCAUAACCCAUUUAAUAAGCUAACUUGAGGACGUUUGUGAUGGAGAGGAUGCGACUGGGAGUGAGAAGUAAUGUGUGUAUGUGUGACAGUGUGCGUGUGUGCGCACAUGGGAGGGAUAUUCAAAAGAAAUAGCUGUCUGAGCCCUUUUUUUGGUUUACUGUAA